ACGUGUUCAUAGGAAAUACACUCGCUAUAAUUUUUUUUGGAGCAGCCUCGUCCUGCACCGCCGACCAUAGUUGUUUUGCCGUCUUCAUACAGUGUAGCGGAGGGGUGGAAAGGUAAUGUAAUGUAAUGUACCUUGCCGUGGUCACUGACGGGUUCACGCCAGUUCACCGGGUUCACUUGAGGAGAGCUCCCACCCCCUGCUCGCCUCCUCUUCUUCUCAAAACGCAACGAUCGGAGCUAAUCCAAUAUUAUUCAUUUAUAUAUUAAUGUCGGAUUCCAUUUUUUCCCACCGACUGCUGAGGUUCCCUGGGAGCUGUUAAACUUGUCCAUGUGGCAAGAGUCAUAAAGUGGCAGAAGGCAUGAAGCAACACUGUGAUAUCAUAGUGGCUGGUCCAUGACACUAAAUUCCAUUCAACCCUCUCCACUAUCCACCCGCCCUCUGUUCUCAUCACACCGGACAACCAAUCGCUCACUCUCCCAUUUACACAAAGCUGCACCAUGGCCAGCAAGAGGAAAUCCACUGUACCCUGCAUGAUACCAUCCAAAUCCAAACAUGUGCGUGAGGAAAUCAUACUGGGCUCGCUACCAGAACUCCUACCAACAAUCCCAGAAGAUAGCAUACUCAGCAUCUCUGGAGAAGAGUCUGGGCAUUUCUCUCACAGCUCCUCCAAAUCUGACAGUGGCAGUGAGAUGCAGAAAGGAGGCACAUACAGCUGCCUGACUUGCCGUUUUGAAUCCAGAGAUCUCAACUACUUUUUGGAUCACAUGCACAACUGCCACUUAGACUUCAGGGCCCAGCCCACCUUCUACUGCCUGAACUGUGGGGUGUCAGUCGUCCGCUUUGAGGCUCUUGCUCUGCACAACGCCAACGCCCACCCUAAAAUAAUGGAGGGUUUGGUUACUGCCUCUCUAGCUGUCAACAAGAGGGAUGGAGUAACAACUGUUGAGCAAAGCCUUUUCACGGACAGCGGAGAAGACUACAGAGAAUCUGGGAUCUCUCUCACCAAAACACCUAUUGCAAAGAUGAUGAAAGCCAAGGGGGAGCACAAAAAGAUUGUGGUUUCUCACACUGUGGAGGUACGGAAGAUUGACACUGGAAAGGAUGUAGACCCCAGCAUGCUGAAAAAUGUGCCUGAACUCCAAAACGGGGCUCUCAGUGUUUCUGGUGCCCCAGCUAUGCCGAGGACCACUGUCACUCACGUGAUUACGACGACAGUGUCCAACCAAGUCUUUCACCAGCACACUCCCUCCCUUUACUCUCCCCCCUCCUCUGAUUCCAAUAAAGACCUUCCAAAGGUGAUGAUCCCCCUCAGCAGCAUCCCCACCUAUGAUGCCGCCAUGGACACCAGCAGCUUUCUCAAGACAUCCUUUGGCAAGUUUCCCUACCCGACCAAAGCAGAGCUCUGCUACCUAACAGUGGUUUCAGAGUUCCCCGAAGAGCAGAUCAAACUGUGGUUUACUGCCCAACGACUCAAGCAGGGCAUAAGCUGGUCUCCCGAAGAGAUUGAAGAGGCCAGAAGGAAGAUGUUCAACACCGUGUUCCAAGGUGGAGCACCCCAAAAGCAACCCACUACACCACGACACGUCAAUCACUUCGUAACCCACCACACUGUAACUGCCCAUCCAGGCUCAAAAGGACCAAACUUUCAGAUGGCCAAAGUUCCAUAUGGCAGUGGAAAACCCAGGCCUGUUGGAGUCAUAGCCACACAGGCCAGCGCGUCAACCAACCCCCACAUCACCCGGGUCUCGUAUUCUACUCCAGUUGUUCCCCCAAAGUUUCCCUCUGUAGUCAGAACAACACAGGUACUGACCAAGAAUACUGAACCCACUGUGGAGCCGGACAAGAGCAAUGGCCUGGACAUGGCUGGAAGCAGCGGUUGUGUCAGUAGCACCAGCAACAUUCGAAGCAGCAGUAGCAGCAGCAGUUGCAGUAGUAGCAGCAGCAUCAGCAGCUAUUCCAGCAGUAGUAAUGGUGUUGACAGCCUCGCCAGGAAAUCGGUGCACAACAGCAGCCAAGCCAACAGCAUCAACAGCAUUGCCACUUGCUCUGCCAACAUUAGCAAUAAUGAUGAGCACUGUGUUGCUGACACCAACGGCAAACCAAAUGUCAAAAGGAACAGUUUACCAAUUGGAUCGGAAGGUUCAAAGAGUAACAAGAGUCAAGAGAUCACUGAUAACACCAGCAAAUCUAACAUCACUUGUAACAAUCAUGACAGCGGCAUCAUCAGUGCACAAGAGCCCACCCACGCCUCGAAGCCCAACGAUGAUCAAAACAAUUCCAUUCACAUGACCAACAACAACAGUGUUAGCAGUGACUAUCCCAGUACUACCUGUAAUGACAGUGUCCCCAACCUGAAUCAUGCCAGCAAAUCCCCAACUGAAAGCACCAGCACCACUGUCAUUACAAAAAGCAGCUCAUCCAUUAUUGAAGAAGGUAAAAGCAACAAAGACUUUCCCAUGAAAGGCAUGUCAAUCUUACAGCAGCUCAUUAAGGAGGAGGACACAUUUGCUGGGGACAAAAGCUGCCCAGAGUUCAAACUUGACCCCAUCAAGAUCAACUUCAAGAGGCUGAAGAUGUCUGAACCAGAGAAUACAUCUGAGACUGUGCAUCAAGAGCACAAGUCCGAAACUGCGGAGGCGUCAGCUUGUCAGUCAUCUUUUUCUCCCCCCUGGGGCAACAAGACCCCGCAGCAGUUGCACAUCCUCCGGCAGGUUUUCUCAAACACCCGCUGGCCCAGCAGUCAGCAGUACGAGGAGCUGAGUGUUCAGACAGGCCUUCCUAAGUCAGAGGUGGUGCGCUGGUUCAGCGACAGCCGGUACAGCCACAAGAAUGGGCAGCUGAAGUGGUUGGAGAAUUAUCAGCGGCCACCCGCAGAGUCAGAGGAUACGAGGGGCCACGGAGACACAGAGGUCGAGUCAGCCAAGGACCCUCCAGCGGCCAAAAAGCAACUUGCUGAGCAAGACAUGAACAAGCACCUUGAAGGAGAAGCAGGACUGAACUCAGGGCAGCGGGUUGUGUGGCAGGAUUCAUACUCACCGCUGCUGGGUCUGAUGGGGUCCAAGGGGAGCGGCGAGCGAGGCCAGUCUGAGGAAUCAGAGCAGCCGGGAGCUUUGCAGAAUCUCUGGUCAGACAGAGUGGAGGACCACCAGCAGCCAGUGGCUAAUCAGUCACUCAUUGAACAACAGACUGAUUCCAAUCAGGCCAGGGAUCGCCUGAGGAUGGAGAUGCUGGAGGUGUGACGACGCGGGCUAGCUCUCACCAGAGGACCAUGACGUUUAAAGGCUGGCUCGCUCCCCAUGGUCUUAACACGCGAGAAAAAGAAAAA